GGGAGCGAGGGAAAGAGAGAGAGAGGGAGAGACUCAAGCGAUACAGCCGAGGACCACGCGCCACAGAAGACGGACGAAGGCACGCGACAUGACUCACGGAUUCAGGUGUGCGUGGAUAUGCCCCGGGUGUCGUGCUCACAGAUCAUGGUCGCUGGGAUAAGCGUGGAUGUACUGACUGACGGCAGAUAGUAUGCCUGCACAUUUGGCACGGCUCACGCGAUGUGGCACAAUAUGGCACGCGUAAAGAUGGGUCUUUUCGCUCUCCUGUGUCUCCCCACGCUUUUCUUCCGCGUCCUCGUGCUCUCCCACAGCAGCAGCAUCUAUGAGCGGUCGGUGGUCCCUCGCGCCGUUUCCCGCUCUGUGGCGCGCAUGGACGGAGACGUGAUCAUCGGCGCGCUCUUCUCCGUUCACCACCAGCCGUCUGCGGAGAAAGUGGCGGAGCGGAAGUGCGGGGACGUACGCGAGCAGUACGGCAUCCAAAGGGUGGAGGCGAUGUUCCACACGUUGGACCGGAUCAACUCCGACCCGAACCUCCUCCCCAACAUCAGCCUUGGCUGUGAGAUCCGGGACUCCUGCUGGCACUCCUCUGUGGCCCUGGAGCAGAGCAUUGAGUUCAUCCGGGACUCCCUCAUCUCCAUCCGGGAUGAUAAGGACGGAUCCAAAUGGUGCAUUGAUGGCACCCCAUCCCACCAGCCUCCACCCACCAAGAAACCCAUUGCUGGAGUGAUUGGACCAGGAUCCAGCUCUGUGGCCAUUCAGGUUCAGAACCUUCUACAGCUCUUCAACAUCCCACAGAUCGCCUACUCUGCCACCAGCAUCGACCUGAGCGACAAAACUCUGUUCAAAUACUUCUUGAGGGUCGUGCCAUCAGACACCCUCCAGGCCCGGGCCAUGCUGGACAUUGUCAAGCGGUACAACUGGACCUAUGUGUCUGCGGUGCACACUGAGGGAAACUAUGGGGAGAGUGGCAUGGAGGCUUUCAAGGAGCUGGCCUCUCAGGAAGGCCUAUGCAUUGCCCACUCGGACAAGAUCUACAGCAACGCGGGGGAGAAGCACUACGAUCGCCUUUUGAGGAAACUACGAGAACGUCUUCCCAAAGCUCGUGUGGUGGUGUGUUUCUGCGAGGGCAUGACUGUCCGAGGUCUCCUGAUGGCCAUGAGGAGACUGGGAGUGUUUGGGGAGUUUCUCCUCAUUGGCAGUGAUGGAUGGGCAGAUCGUUACGAGGUUGUGGAGGGUUAUGAGCAGGAAGCAGAAGGAGGAAUCACCAUGAAGCUGCAGUCAGAGGUGGUCAAGUCCUUCGAUGACUAUUACCUGAAGCUGCGUCUGGACACCAACACCAGGAACCCCUGGUUCCCCGAAUUCUGGCAGUACCGUUUCCAGUGCCGCCUGCCGGGUCACCCGCAGGAGAACAAGAACUACAAGAAAAUCUGCUUCGGAAAUGAGAGUCUGCAUGAAAACUAUGUACAGGAUAGUAAAAUGGGCUUUGUCAUCAAUGCCAUCUAUGCCAUGGCUCAUGGCCUUCAUGAUAUGCACAAAGAGAUGUGCCCGGGACAGACGGGGCUCUGUGAGGCCAUGAACCCUAUCGAUGGCAGCAAGCUGCUGGACUACCUGCUAAAGACAUCCUUCAGAGGAGUCUCAGGAGAGGAGAUUUAUUUUGAUGAAAAUGGAGACACACCGGGAAGGUACGACAUCAUGAAUCUACAGAGUGUGGGUGAUGUGGGCGAUGGUCGCUAUGAUUACAUAAACGUGGGCUCCUGGCAUGAGGGCAUCUUAAGCAUCGAUGACAACAAGUUGUGGUUGAACAGCAGCGACAUGGUUCGCUCAGUCUGCAGUGAACCCUGCUCCAAAGGACAAAUCAAGGUGAUUCGGAAAGGCGAGGUGAGCUGCUGUUGGAUCUGCACCACAUGCAAGGACAAUGAGUAUGUCCAGGAUGAGUUCACUUGCAAGGCCUGUGAGCUGGGGUGGUGGCCCGAUGAUGACCUGGCCGGCUGCCAGCCCCUGCCUCUGAGGUAUCUUGACUGGGCGGAUGUGGAAUCCAUAGUGGCAGUGGUUUUCUCCUGUGUGGGCAUCCUGAUCACCUCCUUUGUCACCUUCGUGUUCAUCCAGUACCGUGACACACCUGUGGUUAAAUCCUCCAGCAGGGAACUCUGUUAUAUCAUCUUGGCUGGAAUCUUCCUGGGCUACAUCUGUCCGUUCACCUUAAUUGCCCGUCCUACAGUGGCCUCGUGCUACUUGCAGCGGCUCCUGGUGGGCCUUUCAUCUGCUAUGUGCUACUCCGCUCUGGUGACCAAAACAAACCGCAUCGCCCGCAUUCUGGCAGGCAGCAAGAAGAAGAUCUGCACCAGGAAGCCCCGUUUCAUGAGCGCCUGGGCCCAGGUGAUCAUAGCCUUUAUGCUGAUCAGUGUGCAGCUAACCCUGGAGAUCACACUCAUCAUUCUGGAGCCGCCUGAGCCCAUCAAGUCCUACCCGAGUAUACGUGAGGUCUACCUCAUCUGUAAUACCAGCAACUUAGGCAUGGUGGCGCCACUGGGCUACAACGGCCUGCUAAUUAUGAGCUGCACCUACUAUGCCUUCAAGACUCGGAACGUCCCAGCCAAUUUUAAUGAGGCUAAAUAUAUUGCCUUUACAAUGUACACGACCUGCAUCAUUUGGCUGGCCUUUGUGCCCAUCUAUUUUGGCUCAAACUACAAGAUUAUAACCACAUCCUUCUCCGUGAGCCUGAGUGUAACAGUGGCACUGGGGUGCAUGUUCACACCUAAAAUGUACAUUAUCAUUGCCAAACCAGAGAGGAACGUUCGAAGCGCCUUCACCACCUCGGAUGUGGUGCGAAUGCAUGUUGGAGACGGGAAGUCCGCGGCUCAGUGCGGGAGCAACAGCUUUCUCAAUAUGUUCCGCCGGAAGAAGCCUGGAUCUGGCAAUGCCAAUUCUAAUGGCAAGUCUGUGUCAUGGUCUGAAUCAGGUGCAAGACACCCUCCGAGGGGGGGGAAUGUGUGGCACAGACUGUCUGUGCAUGUGAGGAAACAGGAAGCCGGCUUGAAUCAGACGGCGGUCAUCAGGCCCCUAACUAACACCCCCGACCCCCACAGCUGUGAGCCCUCCACCUGCGACCUUGGCACAGACCCCCAUCUCCCACAAGAACCGCGUGGCGCUAAGCCUCUAUACAACCUGGCGGAGGAGGACGACGAGGGCGAUUCGCAGCGCCCCCUCUGGACUCCACCUUGCACCGGACAGAUGCAAAGGCUGGAGUCUGAUUUAGAUAAGCCGGCUUCUCAUUUGCCCUCUCAUUUGAAGGGCUGCACCACAGAGCACUUGCAGGGGGCUGUGGUGGACACACACAGCUCCCAUGUCCCUGCACUGAAUGACCACACUGCCAGGGAGGUAAUCCCUGCCAAAGAGCCUUUGAGUUUGACACCCUCUCAGCUUCCUUUGGCCCCACGAACGGGGGCAUUUGAAGAAGAAGAAGAGGGGUCAGAGGAUGAGGAACUGGACCUCUUACACAGCUACAUUUAUGAUGCCAAGGAGGAGGGGGAGGGAGAGGAUGGGGAAGGCGAAGAUUUAACUCAGAACAAGCCAACACUGGAGGAUUCCCUAGUUCUGUCACCUCCCUCUCCUUUCAGAGACUCUGUGUGUUCAGGGGAGUCUGUCAGCGGCUCCCCCGUCAUGGAGUUGAUGCUUGGUAGCCCUCCGAGCUCAGUCUACACCUCAAACAUCCUCGGAGACUUCGCACACAGCUCCUCAACACUGUGAGAGCAAAACACAGGGGCUGACACAGUCGCUGUCAGCACACUUGUGCAUCACGCAGACAUGCAUUUCUACACACAAGUUCACACACACACACACACACAUACGCAACCACACACACACACACAGAUACACACUGUUAUUUUAUUAUUUUUAACAUUUAUUGUUUUGCGCUUUCAUUUGCUUGCUUGUAUUUAUUGCUCUUUACUACUGCUUUUAUCAGUAAGGGGUUAAUCAAAACUAUGAGCAGAAAAACAGCAGGAAUCAUCCAUGAGUGCUUACCUUUCUGAAGGGCUGUCAUUGCACAAAGCCUUUCUGCAAAAUGUACAACUGGGAACAGUGCCAAAACUAGCCGGCUCUCGUGCCAAAUUCUGAUGUGAUAAGAAACACAGAGAAUCAUAAGAAAAGAUGUAGCUGCGGUUAUCACAGCGGCAGUACAAUUAAACGGCCUGCGAGAAACAAAUGGAAAGAGAAGCACAAUUCUAUGUGUACACAUGUGCAGAGUGUAAAAUCCAAACAGAGGCCAAACUUGAGGCUUUGAGGACUGCGAUAGCUCAAGUGCAUUUCACGCCAGUUUUGAUUAGCUCUGCUCCUCGCCGCCGCACACACACAGAUCUGAGCAUGUGUGCUGUGGUAGCAGCUGCAUAGGAAAACUAUUUGCUUCUUUGCCUUUUUUUUUUUUCCAUUGAUUGAUUCAGUUUCCCUUCCUCUGAAUUCGCUGCAGUCGCAAAGAGAUAACUUAAGAAAAGUGCAGUAAGUUGGUUGAAUAUUACUUUUAUGUGUUGCGAGGUGAGCUCAAAAUCACAGAGAUUAUUAUCACUAAACUGAGAUUCUGCCGAAGACUUGUGCUGUGUGCUGUGUGAUUAUGGAAAUAACGUGCCAAUCAAAGUUGUUAUCAAACUACAUCCCUGCUUUGAAUUUUUACGAUGUAGCUGAUGCAGGUUAGCGUGAUUGUAGAUGAUGGCAAUGUUGUGUAUUCAGUUUACACACCUGACGGCGAGUUUUACGAGCAUGGGAUGUGAUACGUUUGCUUUCCAUGCCGUGUUGAUAUUUCUCAUGAGUUUGCUGUGUCAUUGUAAUGGAAAAACACAGUACUUGUACAAGUUCUCAAAGUUUGUAAUACUGUUAAACCAUCUCUUGUUUUUCACACAGGUGGUAUGUUUGUAAUACUGAUAAAUGUUUCUAUAUUUAGAAUGUCAACAGAUUAAAAAAAAAAAAAAAAAAAAAAAAAAGAGUUUAUACAUUUUGAAGCUGUCCUCCAGAUAGCCUAUUUGUCCAGGAGCAGUGUGUUUGGUUUUUGGGUAAAUUUUAAGCUAACUUGAGUCGACUGUAUCCUCUUGAAAGUAUUAAGUUGUAAAAGUAACCAAUGAUUAGUUGCUUCUUGUAAUGAGAUGAUACAUGUUUCACUUUUUGCUUAAAUCUUGCAUUAUAAAUUUUAAGUAGUUUACUUGAGAUUAAGUUUCUUAGUUCUUUAUCAAUAAGAAUGCGAAUUAUUUCAGAGUACAAGCCUAUACAGUACAUAGUGCAACUGUAUUGUAUUUCCAAAUGUUUUUAGUCUCUUAUAGUGUAAGUUGUUAGAUGAUUUUAACCAGUGUAAAAUAUGCGAGGGUGCCACCUGUUUGACACUGUCACAUCUAGAAUGAAUUAGGCCUUUAUGUUUUGGGCGAGCUGAACAAUGCUGUAAAAUAAAAACUAUUUAUA